UUCAUUUUGUGAGUUUUGACGCUAAUGAAAAACGAGUUUAUGUGCGAGGGAGUUUGUUGUGAAAGUUUUCAGAGAAGUGAAUAGAGGGAGCCAGUGUUUUGUUGCAGGACUUCAUCUGGCCCACGGGCUGCUGUUUGCAUUCCACUGGACUGACGUCUGUUUCAAACCCCUCUGCACAUCGACAGUUGUUGCUGGCUCCCAAGUGGAUUUACAGAACAAAAUGAGGAAUACUGUCCGUGGCCCAUCUGCAGAGUCCUCCACACCACUGCAGACAUGGUUGAGGCCUUCGUUGGUACAUGGAACCUCAAGGAAAGCGAAAAAUUUGAUGAAUACAUGAAAGAGCUGGGUGUGGGCUUGGGUACACGUAAAUUGGGCUGCAUGACAAAGCCCACCACUAUUAUCGCAGUGGAUGGUGAAAAGGUGACGGUAAAGACCCAGAGCACUUUCAAGAACACAGAGAUCUCCUUCGAGUUGGAAAAGGAGUUUGACGAGACCACUGCUGACGACAGGAAGGUUAAGUCCAUUGUCACAAUAGAAGAUGGGAAGAUGGUGCACAUACAGAGGUGGGACGGCAAAGAGACCAGUCUGGUCAGGGAGGUCGAUGGCAACACUCUCACACUGACACUUACAAUUGGAAACGUUAUUUCUAAACGUUACUAUGUGAAGGCUGAGUAAAACUUAUCGAGUCCCUGCAACAACCCCUGCGCCCAAACCUCCUUCAGUUCGGACCGAGGAAACUCCCUCAUGCAUGGCUGUUUCCGAGUGUCUUUAUACUCAUAUUCAGUAUUAAUGUUACUGCUUACUGUGGUCUCCCCUUCCUCCCUAUCCUUCUCUUUACAGUUGUUCCUUCUACUAUAAGAAAUGCUGAAUAAAUUCUAAUGACCUGUUGUUGUUUGCUUA